AUGGAAGAAUCUAGAUUGGAAAAUAUUUUUUAUGCUGCUAUUACGAAGACAUCAGAUUUAAAACAAUUUGGCAACGAAAAAUGUUUUGAAUGUCUCAUAGAUCAGUUAAAAGAUUUAGAAAUAAAUGGAAUUGACAUUAAUGAUGGCAAUAAUGUAACAAUCAAAUUACAUUUUAUCUUAGGUUUAGUCGUAGGUGACAAUUUAGGAUUAAACUGUUUUCUCAAUUUCAGUAAAUCUUUCUCUAGCAGUUAUUUUUGCAGACUUUGUAGAGCUCCAAAAGAAAUGACACAGAAAUUAAGCUGUGAAAAUUCAGAAUUAAUGCGCACAGAAGAAAACAACCAGUUAGAUGUUUUGGAUCCCAACUCUAAAGGAGUUGUUAACAAGGGCGUCGCCCGAUUGCGGCCCAAAGUAAACUUUUUACCUUUUCACCUAUCCCGAUUGCGGCCCGUCCAUAAUAGGUAG